GUGCGCGAGGCGGUGCACCUAGAGCGCGCGUGCACGCGGCGGGGGUCGGGGACGAGACGAGCUCCGAGGGCGGGCUGCAUGUGGCCGCUGCAUGCCGGGGACAUGUGGAAGUUUACGCCGCUCUAAGCGCCGCCUCACGGCCGCCUCUUCCCGCGUCCCUCCUGGGGGAGACAACUCAACUCGCACCGAGUCCGGACCCAAAUGUGAAUUCUCCGGGUUGAACUUGCAACACGUGCUAGGAGGAGCUAGGAAGCUCCCCGCUGACUUCCGUGUACACUUUACCGGAUUUUGUUUUCAUUUUUUGGGGGGUGUAAUUCAUUCGGUUUCCCGUUAAACACUUGCCGCAAUGCUGGGAGCCUUCAACCCCGCGGGCCACGCUCCGUACCCGGCCCGGGCGUCGGAGCUGCUGGUGGCCCUGCUGGUGCUCGCCUUGUGCGGGGGAGAAGCCGCCGGACAGCCGUGCCCGACCCAGUGCUCCUGCACCGGGACUACGGUGGACUGUCACGGCCAAGGGCUGCGCAGUGUGCCCCGGAACAUACCUCGCAACGCGGAGAGACUGGAUCUGAAUGCAAACAACCUGACUAAAAUCACCAAGACCGAUUUUGCGGGAUUGAGACACCUGCGAGUUCUGCAGCUGAUGGAGAACAAAAUCGCCGCCAUCGAGCGAGGAGCCUUCCAGGACCUGAAGGAGCUGGAGAGACUGCGCCUGAAUCGGAAUAACCUGGCCGUCUUUCCCGAGUUGCUCUUCCUGGGAACGACAAAGCUUCACCGACUGGAUCUCAGUGAGAACCAGAUUCAAGGGGUGCCGAGGAAAGCCUUCAGGGGAGCUGUGGAAAUCAAGAACCUCCAGCUGGACUACAACCACAUCAGCUGUAUUGAAGACGGAGCAUUCCGAGCGUUACGCGACCUGGAAGUACUUACACUGAACAACAACAACGUCAGUCGCCUGUCAGUGGCCAGCUUCAACCACAUGCCCAAGCUCAGGACCUUCCGCCUGCACUCCAACAACCUGCAGUGUGAUUGUCACGUGGCCUGGCUGUCGGAGUGGCUGAGGCAGCGCCCCCGUCUGGGCCUCUACACGCAGUGCAUGUCCCCGCCGCACCUGAGGGGCCACAACGUGGCGGAGGUGCAGAAGAAGGAGUUUGUCUGCACAGGUUACCAGACCUCGUCUUCGUCCUGCAGCGUCUUGCAGUGCCCGGAGUCGUGCACCUGCAGCAACAACAUCGUGGACUGCCGAGGCAAGAGUCUGACUGAAAUACCCACCAACCUCCCAGAGACCAUCACUGAAAUCCGACUGGAGCAGAACGCCAUCAAGGUGAUACCCACGGGCGCCUUCUCGCCGUACAAGAAACUGCGAAGAAUAGACCUGAGUAACAAUCAGAUAUCGGAGUUGGCGUCCGACGCUUUCCAAGGCCUGCGGUCCCUCAACUCUCUAGUCCUGUACGGAAAUAAAAUAACGGAGAUUUCCAAGGGGCUGUUGGAGGGACUGUUUUCUCUGCAGCUGUUGUUGCUGAAUGCUAACAAGAUAGCGUGUCUGCGGGUGGAUGCCUUCCAGGACCUUCACAACCUCAACCUGCUGUCACUGUACGACAACAAGCUACAGACCAUCGCCAAGGGAACCUUCUCCUCCCUGAGGGCCAUACAGACUCUGCACUUGGCCCAGAACCCAUUCAUCUGCGACUGCCACCUGAAGUGGCUGGCAGACUACCUGCAGGACAAUCCCAUCGAGACGAGCGGCGCCCGCUGCACCAGCCCUCGCCGUCUCGCCAACAAGCGAAUCGGACAAAUCAAAAGCAAGAAGUUCCGCUGUUCAGCUAGAGAACAGUAUUUCAUCCCAGGUGCUGAGGAUUACCGCAGCAAGCUGGGAGGAGACUGCUUCGCCGACCUGGCCUGCCCGGAGAAGUGCCGGUGUGAGGGCACCACGGUGGACUGCUCCAACCAGAAACUCAGCAAGAUCCCAGACCACGUCCCUCAGUACACCGCAGAACUGCGUCUGAACAACAACGAGUUCACCGUGCUGGAGGCCACCGGGAUCUUCAAGAAGUUGCCCCAGCUGCGGAAGAUAAACCUGAGUAACAACCGCAUCACUGACAUCGAGGAGGGGACUUUUGAAGGCGCUUCAGGGGUCAAUGAGCUGAUUCUCACCUCCAACAGACUGGAGAACGUACAUCACCGCAUGCUGAAGGGACUCGGCGGCCUGCGCACUCUCAUGCUCCGGAGUAACCGCAUCAGCUGCGUGAGCAACAGCAGCUUCGUGGGUCUGAGCUCGGUGCGUCUGCUGUCGCUCUACGACAACCAGAUCACCUCCAUGAACCCCGGGGCCUUCGACACCCUGCACUCGCUCUCCACACUCAACCUGCUGGCCAAUCCCUUCAACUGCAACUGUCACCUGGCUUGGCUCGGCGACUGGCUGAGGAGGAAACGCAUCGUGACGGGAAACCCUCGCUGCCAGAGUCCCUACUUCCUGAAGGAGAUCCCCAUCCAGGACGUGGCUGUCCAGGACUUUGCCUGCGAAGAAGGUGAUGCCGACAGCAGCUGUUCGCCGGUGCUGAGGUGUCCGGCGGAGUGUUCCUGCCUGGACACGGUGGUGCGCUGCAGCAACAAGGCUCUCAGCACGCUGCCUAAAGGCCUGCCUGUGGAAACCACCGAGCUGUAUCUGGAUGGGAACCAGUUCACUCAGGUUCCCGUGGAGCUCUCCGAUUACAAACACUUGACGCUCAUUGAUUUGAGUAACAACCAGAUCAGCACCUUGUCCAACCACAGCCUCAGUAACAUGUCCGAGCUGCUUACCUUCAUCCUGAGCUACAACCGCCUGCGGUGCAUACCGGUGAGGGCGUUCGACGGACUCAAGUCUCUCCGCUUGCUGUCUCUUCACGGCAACGAUAUAUCGCUGAUACCAGAAGGAGCUUUUAAAGACCUGUCAUCACUUUCCCACUUGGCUCUGGGCGCCAACCCUCUGCACUGCGACUGCCACAUGCAGUGGUUGUCGGACUGGGUGAAGAGCGGCUACAAGGAGCCCGGCAUCGCCCGCUGUGCCGGGCCCGGCGACAUGACCGACAAACUGCUGCUCACCACGCCCUCCAAGAAGUUCACCUGCACAGGCCCGGUGGAGCUGAGCAUCCAGGCCAAAUGUGAGCCCUGCCUGUCCAACCCUUGCAAGAACGACGGCACGUGCUUCAACGACCCCGUGCACUACUACCGCUGCACUUGCCCCUACGGCUUUAAGGGCCAGAACUGUGAGGAGCCCAUCCACGCCUGCAUCAGUAAUCCCUGUCACAACGCAGGAACUUGUCAUCUCAAGGAAGGCGAAGGCAGUAGUUUUUGGUGCGUGUGUCCCGAGGGCUUCGAGGGCGACGCCUGCGAGGUCAACGUGGACGACUGCGAGGACAACGACUGCGAGAACAACUCCACCUGUGUGGACGGGGUCAACAACUACACCUGCAUGUGCUCACCUGAAUACACAGCUGCUACCAAUGAGGUGGAGAGAGGGGAGCUUUGUGAGGAGAAACUGGAUUUCUGCGCUCCGGAAUUGAACCCGUGUCAACACGCCUCAAAGUGCAUUGUCACCCCUCAGGGUUACAAGUGUGAGUGCACCCCGGGGUACGUCGGCGAGCACUGUGAGACGGAUCAUAACGACUGCGAUGAGAGCAAGUGUCAGAAUGGCGCCCAGUGCAUCGACGCCGUGGAUGGAUACACCUGUGUGUGUCCGGAGGGGUACAGCGGGCUCUUCUGCGACGUGCCCCCCCCCAUGGUCCUCCCCCGCACCAGCCCCUGCGACAACCACGACUGCCUCAACGGGGCGCAGUGCGUCGUGGUGGCGACCACCGAGCCCCGCUGCCAGUGUCUCCAGGGCUACGAGGGCGAGCGCUGCCAGACGCUGGUCAGCGUCAACUUUGUGGACCGCCGGUCUUACCUGCAGCUCCCCGCCGACCUGCUCUCCCCGCAGACCAACAUCAGCCUGCAGAUCGCCACGGACGAGGACAGCGGCGUGUUGUUGUACAAGGGCGACAACGACCACAUCGCCAUGGAGCUUUACCGGGGACGCCUGCGGGUCAGCUACGACACCGGGUCCUACCCUCCGUCCGCCAUAUACAGCGUGGAGACGGUGAACGACGGCACUUUCCAUGCGGUGGAGUUGGUGGCGUCGGAGCAGACUUUGUCGCUGUCCAUCGACGGCGGGGCGCCAAAGUCCAUCAACUCCCUCAGCAAACAGUCCACGCUCAACAUCGACUCGCCCCUCUACCUGGGAGGUAUGCCCGAGCGAGCGCCAACGUCCGGGGGCGUGUCGGCCUUGCAGCACAGCUCCGGCGGACCAAACGGGUCCAGCUUCCACGGCUGCCUGCGGAACUUGUACAUCAACGGGAAGCUGCAGGACCUGGGGGCGGGGCUGGGGGCGGGGCUGGGCGGAGCUCAACAGCGGCCGGGCCGAGGGGUGGAGCCGGGCUGCCAGCCCUGCCAGAGAGGCGCCUGCAUCCAAGGGGACUGCCACCCCACCGGGCAUCGGGGCUUCACCUGCACCUGUCACCCGGGGUGGGCGGGGACUGUCUGUGACCAGCAGGUCAACAACCCGUGUGACGGCAACAAGUGUAUCCACGGCACCUGCCUGCCCAUCAACUCCUACUCCUACUCCUGCCGCUGCCAGCCGGGCUUCAGCGGCGUGUUGUGUGACGAGCGGGACCAAGAGGCGGCCAACCCCUGCAGCCCGUCACGCUGCAGACACGGCAGGUGCAGAGUGUCGGGUCUGGGCAAGGCGUACUGCGAGUGUAGCGGGGGGUACACCGGAGAGGCCUGCGACAAAGAGGUGGCCUGCAGAGGGGAACGGGUCCGAGAUGUCUACCAGAGCCAGCAAGGCUACGCGGCGUGCCAAACCCAGGAGAAGGUCUCCCGUCUAGUGUGCCGGGGCAGCUGCCUGGGGGGCACGGAGGCCUGCUGCACCCCCCUCCGCAGCAAGCGCAGGAAAUACACCUUCCAGUGCACCGACGGCAGCUCUUUUGUCCAGGAGGUGGAGAAGGUGGUGAAGUGCGGCUGUACAAAGUGUCCGUCGUAGAAAAAGAAAACACAAAAAAAGACUUUCUCCUCGCAAGAUAUGUUUUGUGUGCCCGCCCCUCCCCUUCUUUUCACAAAUCCCUCCAAGUUUGUUUUUUAAAGAAGAAAAAGAAACACGGGAGUUUCUUUCCUGGAGUUCAGUGCUGGACUGACG